AAAAUCUCGCCCAGGUCCGGGCAAGGAUGAACGGAAAAGGAUGUACGCAUGCGUAAAAGCUGUCCCCGCUCCCGUUGAUAGUAAGAGGGAGGCUAGGGCGCAUGCGUACCAGCUAGAGGUUGGUUUUGGUGCGCUUGAAGGGGUUUUUUUUUGUUCUUUCAUGGAACGCCGUUUGUAGCUAUGACAAAGAAGUGUUGGACUGUGUGCCUAUAAUAAGGUGAGAUCCAUCUACAGCAUGUGCAAAAGAACUGCCAGCAGGAAUCUCUGCAUAACCUCUGAUAGUCUGAGAAUGAACAAACAGAAAAAGAUGUAUGAUGUGCCAAUCAUAAACGUUGACCAGUUCAGCCCUGACAUCGUGGCUGAAACGGCAAAUCUGUUUGAGAAGAAGUUCCUGUACACCAAACCACCCAACAACGAAUGGCAGCUGCCGGAUCCCAACCAGGUGUUCACCUGCGAUCACAAGGACUUCAGCUCCCUCGUCGCCCUCAAGGACUCCCUGAACAAUGUCAAGAACCUGUUGAGUGACAAGAAGUUGGACCAAUGGCACCAACACACCUCCUUCACCAACAAAGCGGGCAAAAUCAUUGCAUCCGUCAAGAAGUCUGCCAAUGUAGAGUUGUGUACCCAAGCUUGGUGCAAAUUCCAUGAGAUCCUGGGCAGCUUUCCCUUGCUUCCUAGUGACGCUCUUCAGAAUGGGGAACUCAACACUAUCCAUCUGUGUGAAGCUCCCGGGGCGUUUAUAGCCAGCCUCAACCACUACCUCAAGUCUCACCAUAUCCCUUGCGACUGGAGCUGGGUCGCCAAUACGUUGAACCCGUACCAUGAAGCCAAUGAUACUCUCAUGAUGAUUAUGGAUGACAGGCUUAUCGCCAACACUUUGCCCUGGUGGUAUUUUGGUCCUGACAACACCGGGGAUGUCAUGACCCUGAAGCACCUGACAGGGCUGCAACAUUUCAUAAGCAACAUGGCCACCGUUCACCUGGUCACUGCCGACGGGAGCUUUGACUGCCAAGGAAAUCCCGGCGAACAAGAAGCGCUCGUGUCCUCCUUACACUACUGUGAAGCGGUCACUGCUCUAAUGACUCUUGGCCUUGGGGGCUCCUUUGUCCUGAAGAUGUUCACAUUGUUCGAGCACUGUUCAGUCAAUUUGCUCUUCCUCCUGAACUGCGCGUUUGAAGAGGUCCACGUCUUCAAGCCGGCCACGAGCAAAGCGGGGAAUUCGGAAGUGUACGUGGUCUGCCUCCACUAUCUCGGCAGAGAGGCUAUCCAUUCGCUCUUGUCCAAGAUGCUGCAAAACUUUGGGACAGCGGUGGUUGAGAAAGCCCUCUUUCCACAGCACUUAAUUCCGGAAUCUUUCCUUAAGGUACACGAGGAAUGCUGUUCUUUCUUUCACAGGCACCAAGUCGAGACCAUUUCCGAGAACCUCCGGCUGUUUGAGGGCACGGGGGAGGCGGAGCAGGCGAGGCUGAACCUGUUACGGGACUGUGCCGUGGAUUUCUUCUUGAAGAGGUUCCAGAUGAAACCCCUUGCCAGAAACAACUGGAUUGUGAAGAGGCCUCGCGCUGGCUGCAGCAUGAAUACCAAGUGGUGCGGACAGAGGAGCAAAUAUUUUUGCACGUACAAUGAAAGGAAGUGGCUGGAAUCGCUCUCGUGGGAGGACAAGGUGGCCAAGGGCUGCCUCAAUAAAUGGGCUGAAGAGCACUCGCUUGCUAACACUGGGAGCAGCUGCAUUUUGGAAGGGGAACUGUGUGACCUGGAAUGUCACUUAUGGUACAUCUUGGAGGGCCAGAGGUUGCCUGGAGUGAAAUGCUCUCCCUUCUGCGAUGGUGAGGUCCUAAAGGCCCUCAACGAAGCACUCGAAAAGUCUUUUGUCAGCAGAGCGAGCCUCGACUCCCUCCUGGGAUGGACUCAGCCAGAGUGCCAGUCCUGCGUUGUCACGCAGCCGUCAGUACUGUCUGAAUUGUCACACCUUAUUGAGUAUCCUGAAGAGGCUCUGGAGGAUAGCUGCCGUGGCCGAACCAAGUGUUUGGUCGCGGGCUUUCCAGCUCUUUGUGAUGCCAACAGUCAGCGCUGCUUGGAAGUUAAACUUCUCGAGUCGGUGCCUCUCUUGACUUUCAGGUGCUCUCUGCUUCACGAUGGAGAGCCAAAAUACCAGCAGCAGUUCCUGGAAUGCCUUCUGCAGUCGCUUCCCCAGCUUCAGAAGGGAGACGCCCUUGUUCUGCCCAUCCUGUCCUGUUUCACUCGCUUCAUGGCAGGCUUAGUGUUCAUACUGCACCACGGUUUCCAGCGCAUCUCCUUUGUUUGUCCCACAUCGUCACAGCCUUUAAGGACCAGCGCCGUUCUCUUGUGUGUUGGCUAUCAGGGUCUCCCAGACCUGGUUCUCCAGUACCUGCAGCAGGUGAAUAAGCUUAUGAACUCUCUGCUGGACUCAGACUCUCCACAGCAGAUCUUGCAGUUUGUGCCGAUGGAAAAUGUCCUGAAAGGGUUGCUGCUGGAGUUCCUCUGGGACCUGAACACGGCAAUUGCAAAGAGGCAGUUGCAUUUGAUUAUUCAGGCUGAGCUGCAACAAAUGAUGCCCCUUUAGCUUGUAAGCACCAGACUGAAAACUGUCUUGUCUUUUUCCUUAAAAAAAUUAUUUUAAACCAUAGGAAAUAUCCCUCCCCAUUUUAAUAUGACUUUAAAAUUAUUAUUAUA